AAGUUAUGCUUUGCUUUGUUGUUGUUUUCCGGCUUUUAAAAAGGGCUUCAGAAGCUGCGGUGCUUUAAAAAAACCGACGCUCUUCUUCUGUUUUAUGUGUUUUUGUGUGAAUGUUGGCAAUCAUGAUGCGCAUUUCACAUCAAAAGACAGGACGCCUUUUCUUUUAUUUUGAUUUUGCCUUGUAGUAAAUAUUUUAUGGCGGCCUCAACGUCACUCCGGGGGGCGGGGCUUGUCACUUCCCUUUGGCGCCAACUGUGGUUCGGGCGGAGGUGGGAAUGAGUGUCGUCACGGCAGUGUACGUGCUUGGGCGUCUCGUUUGAUUGGCUAUGCCGCUUGGCCCGCCUCUUUGGGUUGAACUGCGGGGACCAGCGAGCAACAGAGGGGGGAAAGCCCGUGGCGGUGAUCGGGGCGUUAGUUGGUCGCGACCCGCGUCCGCCAAACGAAAGUGUCAAGAAGGCUGGACACGUCAGGUCACUCUGAUGGGGGAUAUCUAGGGAGAGAGUAUAAUGGCAACAGAUGAAGAGGAGGAGGAAGGAAUGACAUUUCCUAAUCUACUCUGUGGUGCUUCUCCUUGUGGAGGAAGAGAUGAUGAUGAGAGCUCAGUAGAUAUUUAUGAUGGGUUAGAUAGUGCUCCAGUUCUUUCUGGCAGUCCUGCUACCACUCUGACCCCACUCAAAAGUGGUUUAAACUUAUUUGAUGAAAUCCUGAUAGAAGAAGGAACAGCAAAAGAAGCCUCAUACCAUGAUUUGCAGGCUGAACAUAAGAUAUGUAAACAACAACUUCAAGAGUUGAUGAAGAAGCUUCAGGAAAUACAGGAACAGAAUUCAGCUCUACAAAAUGAAAACCAGUCCCUUAAAAAGAAUAUUUCAGCUCUUAUCAAAACAGCUAGAGUGGAAAUUAAUCGCAAGGAUGAAGAAAUUAGUAAUCUUCAACGAAGGUUGUCAGAGGUUCCAGUUCAUCCAAACACCUACACUAGAACAUACUUCCAGAAGUCAGCUAACAAUGCAAGGAAUUUUGAAGGAUCAAAAGCAAAAAAUAAUACAUUCAAAGACUUACUUCCCGUGAAUAAUCCAAAAAUGGAUUCUAGAACUAAACCUUCCGAGCCCAAGGACAUGCCUCACAGUUAUACAUCUUGGGAUACAGAAAAUAAGAAAUCUCAUUCAGAAAAACGGAAUAUGAAUAUACCUAGAUCACAUUCUGAAGACCCUCACAACAGUGGUGCUCAUUCAAGACUAACCAAUGUUGACAGUUCUUCUGAUAAAGAAAAAGGAAAGAAAGAAAUAAAAAGUAAUGAGCAUCAUAACACGGAGAAUGAUUGCAAAUACAAAACCAAAACACACCAAAAUGGGGGCAGCACUGCAGAUGGAAUGUUGGACCUUCAUGGAAAGUUGCAACUUAACUCUGAAAAAACAGUAGGAAAUGGACUCUGGAAAGACAAUAAUGACACAAAGAUCAAAAGCAGCCCAUGUGCCGACAAAAGAACUGAUACGUUCCCUUGUGCUUGGGAGAAACCGUUAACUCCAAAGGAUACAUUACUGCCAAAAAUGGAACACUCUGGUGACGAUAAGAGUGAAAAGUCACAGAAUGCAAGUCAGAAGGAUCUCAAAAUACAAAACAAAGAUGAAAGCAAUGGCAGACAAAAAACCAGACAACCUGAAAAGCAUCUAGAACAGCAAAAAAGAACAAGUAAAGUUAGUAGUUCCCCUGAAAAUUAUUCCAAUGCCAGAAGUCCUCAAACGUUAAGUAAAAGCUAUGUAGAAGACAGAAAGAUAAAAGAUAGUGACUGUAGAAGGAACAAAGAAGCAAGUGAUCUUGGGUUGAGAGGAUGGAGGCUGUCUCCGCUGUCAGCUCUGAUUUCUAAUAAAGAUCACAAACAUGGACGUUCCAAGGAUGACAGCAGUAAACGUGAAUCUGAAAGGACACAUUCAAAAUCGGAGAGACACAGAACUGAAGAAAAAAGGAAAAAUGAGAGAGACAGUCUUAGAGAGAGCAGGAGUUUUCAGAAUGAAAGAACAGAUUCAAAAGAAAUGUCACAGAAAACAGCAAAAGAUACUAUUAAAGCUAGAGUCAGUGUAAAAAAAGAGGAAAACAAAUCCUUACCACCAGAAGAAACUGUCAAGGUAGUAAAUGACUUGGAGGAGCAGUUGCCAACAAGACUUAAAAGGAACGAGGAGCAGUCAACAACCAAAGCCUUAAAACUGAGCUUUAUGCAGAAGCUAAAUUUAACACUGUCUCCUGCUAAAAAGCAAACUGAUGAACUCAAAACAGUAGCAAAGUCCAGCAGUGAACGGGACAUAAAAAUUCCAGGUCAGGAAGUCAUGUUUGUACCAGUUGAAACUAUUGGUACUGAUGUCGUUAAGCAAGCAAAAAUGCCCCCAUUACCCAUCCCUGACAAUCCUGUUCAAACCAGUUUGGGACAAAAGAUGUCUGUUUCCAAGACAAAAGUGAAGGUGGAAAGUGAAAGUGUGGCAGAAUCUUUCAACAAACAGCCACCUAAGACAUCAUCAGACCUGCAAAACACAGCACAGCAUGAACUGGCCGAUAAUGCAAAGCCUUUGCCAGAGGCCAGUAUUGAGAUGGGAGAAGCUGAUGAAGCACGUGUGGCACUUAGUCUAGGCAGCCCCUUGAAUCAAGACAUGCUUCCAGAUAAUGCUUUCAAUGACGUGGAGACUAUAAGUUCUGUGGACUUUGAUUCCUAUAGCGUGAUAGAUGAGAUUAAUGGGUCAGAUUCAGACUCCUUGAUGGAAGUGGAAGAGACCAGUAAUUGUGCACGUGAAAAGGUCUUAGAGUCUCCUAAAAAAGAAAGCCAGCGUCUCAGACCUGUGCCUUGCAAAGAUACUAUAGGAGAUGGCAACAUACUGAGUGGGGACGUGCCUCUAACUGACCACAAGGCUUGUAAUGGGAAGCCAAGUUUUCCUGACCAGGGAACCAAUUUAGAAGCAUUGUGUAUUAAAGGACUAAGUGCUACACCUCAAACAAGAGAUGCAAACCCAGUUUCUGUUGAUGACGAGAACUCUAUAUUGAGCAUUGAUCUCAAUCACAUGAGAUAUAUUCCAAAAGCAAUCAGUCCACUUAACAGUCCAAUUCGACCCUUGACUAAAGCACUCAGAAUGGAAAGCCUUUACAAAGGACCUGUAAAAAGCUAUAAUACAGAUUUGGUUCCUGAAGAUGCGGUUGUCUGUCCUGCAAGAAACCUGUCCAAUGACCUCAACAAGGAAAAUCAAAAGCCACUUUGCACAGAUCGCCAACUCUUAGAGAUGGAGUCUCAACAGAGCCUAUCUUCAGAUGAAUUGGAAGAAGGGGAAAUUGUAAGUGAUGAUGAUCAACCUAAAACAGAAAGACAAGAGAAUUGUAAAAAAUCAAGAGGAAAAGCAUCUCCUGAUCAACCUAACUUGGCCCAUAGUCCAUGCAACCACAAAGCCAAGACCAUACCUUCUAGUGAAGGCACUGGAAAAUUGGCUUCUAGGGGAAAAAGUAAAGAAAAACCCAAAGCUGGAACCAUAAUGUCUUCCAAGGAAGUAAAGAAAAAUAAAACUGUGAGCAUUGACUGUCUUGAAAAAAUAGUUCAGAUUACUGCUGCACCUUCCACAGUACAUGAGUUCAUGCAGAUGCUCAGAGCUGUAAGAAAGCAAGUACGGAAAAAUUACAUGAAGUUUAAAAUGCAGUUUCCAGUAAAGCAUUUUCACAGGAUUGUAGACACAGCAAUUCUGAAUUUUAUAUCUCUCGUAAAAUACCUUGACUUCUCUAAAAUGUCUAAAACAAGUGAAGCAUUGAAACGGAAUCUCUGUGAAGUUAUAGAGACUAAACUUAAGCAGAUCAAAAAGAAUAGUGCAAUAGAGCAUCUCUUUAAACAACAGCAAUCAGAUAUGAAGAAAAAGUUGUGGAAACUUGUUGAUGAGCAGCUUGACUACCUUUUUGAGAAAAUUAAAAAAAUUCUCCUAAAGCUGUGCAACUUGAUAAGUAUUGGAAAUGAAAGUGAUGAAGGUAGGCUUGAUAAAAGAACAAAAGAAAGCCCCAGAUGCCUUGCAAGUCACAAAACUGAGAGACAGAAAUCAAAGAAACCAGCCUUAAAUGCCAGAACUCAAAAACCUGAAAAGUGUGACCUUCCAAAGUCAGUGGCAAGCAACCAACUGCCUAAGAAUGGCCAUCAUGACACAAAUAAAAUGGAUGCACACAAAAAUAUGGCUAAAAAACUUAUAAGUCCUUAUACUGUUAAAACAAAACAUUCUCAGACUGGAGUUGAGCUUUUCAAGGAAAAGUCCAUACAGGACAGAGAGUCUGCUUUGAAAAAUGGAAAAUGUGCAAAAGAAGGAUCACAGAUAGUUGGGGACAAGACUGAUAUCAGUUGUGGACCUCUCACAGAACAGCAGAUGUCUGGCUUAACAUUUAACCUGGUGAAUGAUGCUCAGAUGGGUGAAAUGUUCAAAAGUUUAUUACAAGGUUCUGGUCUUUCAGAAAAGAAUGUUGACUUUGUUGAUGAAAGUCAGUGGGAGUUCAAGACACCAGAAAAACACAUGCCAGAUGGCCAGAACUGUGGAAAUGAUUCUGUGUAUGAAGCAGAAUCUACUCCAAAAGAGACCCAGAUAGAGUCAAGAGUAUUAGAUGGCAUAAAAUGGCCUUUAGUGUCACCUGAAAGGGACUCAUCUUUUUUAGCUAGACUUCAAAUGCCCAUUGAUCCAGAUAUUCUAGAUGAAAGCUGUAUGUUUGAAAUUCCUUCUAGUCCAGCUUUGAAGAAAGGUGAAGUGUGUAUUUCAGGGAAACCAAAAUCACUUGUCUCUUCUAUUCUUCUGGAAGAUCUAGCCGUGUCCUUGACUAUCCCCUCUCCUUUGAAGUCAGAUGCUCAUCUUAGUUUUUUGAAGCCUGACAUGUUUGGGACAGUUCCUGAGGAUGUUCUAAGUGCACACUUUAGUGAAGAUGCCCAUCUUGAAGAAGAAGAUGCCUCUGAGCAAGACAUCCAUUUGGCUUUGGAGUCUGAUAAUUCAAGCAGUAAAUCAAGCUGCUCUUCAACAUGGGCAAGUAUGCCUGCUGCUCCUGGAUUUCAGUAUUGCCCAAGCCUACCAAUGCAGGCAGUAGUUAUGGAGAAAUCAAAUGAUCACUUCAUUGUUAAGAUAAGGCGUGCCACACCAUCUACCUCACCAGGCCUUGAUCAAGUGUCCCUAGCAAAUGAGCCAGUGACCUCUUUUGCUGAGAGAGGAGACAAUGAAAUUAUGCCUGAAGAAAACUUAGAUGCAUUGAAUUUUCAAGGUGUGCCAUUAGAAGAAACAGUGUCUAUGGAAAAGAGAACUGACUCUCUGAAUGAGACACAUGAUAAUAUUGGAAAAGAUAAAGCCCCUGAUUCACUUGCAUCUACAAAAGAACCAUCUAUUUGUCUUGACAAGGAUAAGGAAGCUGAACAAUCUGACCCUCAACAAGAAACCAAUCCUGCUGCUCCUGAUAAUGUGCUUGACUCUGUAGAGGCCCUGUUUAGUAAUGCCAAGCAAGAACAACUUUCUAACAUGGCUGAGUCCCUUCAGGCACCAUACAACAAUACCAGUCACAGUCAAGGCCCUGACUUGCUUGGGCCCCAUCAAGUGUCACAUGGUGUGGCUGGCUCAAACGGAGCAUCUGACUGGCUGGAUCCCCCUAGAGAAUGGGGAAAACCUUUAGAGUCUUUAAAAGAACCCUCAAAUAAAACUAGCCAGAGUGAAGAUGCACCUGAAGUGUUAAAGCUACCUCAGACACACACAGUGAAAAUGUUCCCCAAAGGGGGUGUAUCCUGCACUGCUGUGGAACAUUCUCCAACUAGUUCAGCAGUUCCACUAGAAGAGGAGUUUUCCUCUGAGGGCCAUUUUGAUAUAUGUAUAGACCUGACAGAUGAAACUCCCUUGGAAAAUGAAGUUGAUUCAUGGGAUCUAACGGAGGGAUCGACUUUAAAUGCUGGAAUGGGAAGCUUAAAUAAAGAUAAAGAGGGAUGUAAGACAGAGGGCUGCUCUGUGGCAGGUGAUCCCUUGACAGAGGAGCAGCCAGGCAAGCCAACAGCAGAUGAGAAUUUUGAAACAGAAACGACUUCAAAUAUUGAUAUUUCAGGAUGCCGACCAACUCUUGAUAAAGAAAGCAAGAAAAGAAAAAAGGAGACUACAGAAAAAUCCAGAGCAAAAAGAGAGAGAAAAGAGAGCUGUGAGUCAUCUUGUAAAAAAACUGGCAAAAGUAACAAGAAGUCUAAAGAGACUGCUUCAGUAGCAGUGAAUGCAUCCAUGAAAAAGUCUGCCUCCGUGUGUGACGCCAGUCCUUUACCAUCGACAUCCUCUGUGUCACCAUCAAGUCUAUAUGCCAAAAAUGUCAUUAAGAAAAAGGGGGAAGUUGUGAUCUCUUGGACAAGAAAUGAUGACAGGGAGAUUCUGUUGGAGUGUCAGAAAAAAGGACCUUCAGGAAAAACAUUUGCCUCUCUUGCAGCCAAGCUCAAUAAAAGCUCAAAUCAGGUUGAAGAAAGAUUCAAGCAGUUAGUGAAACUGUUCAAGAUGUCAAGCUGCAAUUAAUUUUGCUGUUGCUAAAAACAAUGGAAUGCUAUGAACGUAUAUGCACUCUGAAGUGUGUUUGUGUGAAACAGAGAGAGACUGAGACUGAAUGUGACAGAGACUGAAUGUUCAAUCCAAGUCAGAAUUGCUGCAUCUUGCUUACCAAAACCCAAAAUGCUGCAUUUAUACCCAUAGUUCUCUUUAGAAAACCUGAAACACAAAGGGAACAAGAAGCUCAUAUCACUUGUGAUUCUCCACAAAUUUCUCCACGUUGUCUAAAAUACGUUUUCCUCAGGAAUUCUGUUCUGGAUGACAUGAAGAAGUCAACAGAAGUGGAAACACAAGCCUGUUCUCCAUUGAUCUCUGUUCUGAAACUAUGCUUAAAUUAAACAUUUUGGGAGACCAGGAGUUCCCAGCAAAUACAUUUUCUUUGUGUUGAAAUGCCUAUUGAUUUUGAAUAUCGGAAAAAACAUAUCAGUAGCUAUAGGGGUAGUGAAAUGGCAAACUCCCCCUUUCUCUCACUGCUUCAUUUGUGUCCAUGCUUCAGAAAGCAUGGACACAAAUUGUGAAGCUUUGCAGUAUAUUGUUGAAGACCCUUUGUUCAAAGAUGACGGUGCAUAUAUGUACAGUUUCUGUAUAGAAUAUUUUGGCAGCAAUAUCCGUCCUUGUAAGUUCCCUCUAUUUAAGACUUUUAAAAAACAUUCUGUAUACAAAAAGGUUUUUUCAAAGUUCGACUUUUGCUUUUUAAACCACAUUUGCCACUUUCAUUCUGUGGUCCCUGGGGUAGAUCUGGCCCUGAAUGGGAUUGCUGCCAUCUUGAAAAUGGCCUCGGAAUGCUGGGCUAUGUCGGAUGAAGCAGAGAGGUUCAGCCACACUUUCCCCCAGUCUCCUUGUCUGCUCAUCACCUCUUGCUACUCCUAGAUGCCACUGAAGAACAAACAAGAGACUUUUGCUUCCUCGGCUCUGACUGUCCUCCUCAUCCCCAGUCAAGGCUUUAAAUACCUGAGGUAUUUAAAGGUAUUAUACCUCCCAACAGCUGGUGCAGAUCUCACGAGAGGUCAAGCCCAGAACCACUGGGGGGUUAGCCCCUUGUGAGACCACUGCCCCGCAGGAAUCCCAUGAUUCUUUCCUCCCUGUUUCUUCUCCCACUACUGCCUGGACUCAGCAAAUGCACAGCCACUCCAGUAACCAGCUCAACUCCCUCCUUUCCAGUCUCUCAUUGCUGCGAUGUUCAGCCACAUCUCAGCUGCAGGCCACUGGCUGCCUUGCACAUGCUGACUCAGAGUAUAGCUUCCCUUCUCAAGUAUGAGUAUCUACACUAUAGUAGUUUUAACAGUUGUGCAAUCCAAAUAUGUGAUACCAAAGGUGCCUUAAUUAAAAACUUCAGGAAUUUAUUCUUAUGGGUAUAAUCCAGAGAAAGUGAAAUGGAUUUACACCCCCGUCCUAAGCAAAUUCUAUCUUUUGAGGUUUGAGGGUUUUGUUUGAUCGUACACAUGGUGCACAGCAGCAAAAGCCCCAGAUAGGUAACGACUCCACCCAGCUUUUUAUUUCCAAAAGCAAACAGUUCUGUAUACAUAUGGGGUGAAUUUUCACAUCUUAAGGUGACUUGCUGCCAUUCUGACCUGGAUUUUUUUUUUAAAUUGUAAAGUUUUAAAUGUUCUGUUGUAAAUAUAUGUACAGGAUCCAACAUUAUGUAAAAUAUUAUGUUAAAUAUUUGUUUACUUGCAAAUUUUUGACUACAUAAAAUAAGGUUUAUUUUGUAUGAACUAAAUACUGUAUACCGCAUUCUGUAAUACAAAUUCCAACCCUUGUAAAAUGAAUGCACUUAAUGUUCAUUAAAAGUUGACUUGGAGUGUUUUUAUACUA